AUGUCAGAGGCGAGUUGUGUGGCGCUGACUGGGGACCACUGGACCUCUGUCAACAACGAUAACUACCUCGGCGUUACUGUACACUUCAUCGAUGCCAGCUGGGAGCUUCACUCCUUCGCUUUAGAGAUGCUCAAGCGUGUGAGGCGCAACAGAGACGCACUGCACACAGUGCUGUCUCAGCAGAAGCAGAAUCUGGCCCUCCCAACAAAUGCUGAAUAUGAGAAGUUGGCAAAGCUAGAGGAACUGCUGGAGCCAUGCAGGUAUAUCACUGAGCUCCUUGGUGGGAAUAAGUAUGUAUCCUGCUCUGUGGUCCUACCUGCCCUGUGCCACCUCCAGCAUGUGAUGAAGAUCUCAGAUGAUGAUCCUGCCUAUAUUGCGCGAUUCAAGGCUGCCUUCACCAAGGACCUCAACCAGCGGAGGGAGAAAAUAAACCUGGAAUGGCUUAAGGUGGCGACUACGCUAGAUCCACGAUUUAAGGACCUUAAGUGCUUGCCCAGAGCAGAGAGGGAGCCAGUGUGGGCAAAGCCAAGUGAGUUGGUCAAGGGAGAAGAACCUGCUCUGCAGCCACUCAGGGAGGAGAACUCUGAGCCACCCAAGAAGAAAAUAGCCCUGCUAUUGAUGGAUUCAGACUCAGACUCAGACUCAGAGACACCAGAAGACAAUGCUGUGGAGAGGUACAAGGUAGAGCCCAGUGCCAGUCUAGAUCAGUGUCCACUGAAGUGGUGGUCGGAGCACACUGCUGUCUAUGGUAAGAUGUCCCUCAUUGCCCGUAAAUACUUGGGGACUCCAGCCACAACGGUCCCAUGCGAGAGGCUAUUUUCUUUAGCAGGCCAUAUUGUGCAGAAGAGGAGAGCUAGUUUGUCACCAGAAAAUGUAAACAAGCUGGUCUGCCUGAGUGACUGGUGGAAGAAGGAGAAAUAG